AUGCUUGGCUCAGAUGACUUCUUCUAUGUCGGUGGAAGUCCCAGUACAGCUGAUUUACCUGGAUCGCCUAUCAGCAAUAACUUCAUGGGUUGUCUAAAGGAGGUUGUUUAUAAGAAUAACGAUAUUCGUCUGGAGUUAUCUCGUUUGGCAAGGAUUGGCGACACAAAAAUGAAAAUCUAUGGGGAGGUGAAAUUUACCUGUGAGAAUGUGGCCACAUUGGAUCCAAUCAAUUUUGAAAAUCCCGAGGCCUACAUUAGUUUGCCUAAGUGGAACACCAAGCGAAUGGGGUCUAUCUCUUUUGACUUCCGCACUACAGAGCCCAAUGGCCUUAUUCUUUUCACUCAUGGUAAACCCCAGGAGAGGAAGGAUUCCAGAAGCCAGAAGAACACCAAAGUGGAUUUCUUUGCAGUAGAACUCCUGGAUGGAAAUCUCUACCUUCUUCUUGAUAUGGGCUCUGGAACUGUCAAAGUAAAGGCAACUCAGAGGAAAGCCAACGAUGGAGAAUGGUAUCAUGUUGAUAUACAGAGAGAUGGUAGAUCAGGUACCAUUUCAGUGAACAGCAGACGGACACCUUUCACUGCAAGUGGAGAGAGUGAGAUCUUGGAUCUGGAAGGAGAUAUGUACCUGGGAGGACUGCCUGAAAAUCGGGCUGGCCUUGUACUUCCUACUGAGCUGUGGACAGCUAUGUUGAACUAUGGUUAUGUGGGCUGUAUCCGAGACCUCUUCAUUGAUGGCCGGAGCAAGAAUAUCCGGCAGCUGGCAGAGCAGCAGAAUGCAGCUGGUGUCAAGUCUUCCUGCAUUAGGGUCAACACCAAGCAAUGUGAUAGUUAUCCCUGUAAAAACAACGCUGUCUGCAAGGAUGGCUGGAACCGUUUCAUUUGCGAUUGCACAGGCACUGGCUACUGGGGAAGAACAUGUGAACGGGAGGCCUCCGUCCUGAGUUACGAUGGCAGCAUGUAUAUGAAAAUUGUCAUGCCUAUGGUCAUGCAUACAGAAGCUGAGGAUGUGUCCUUCCGCUUCAUGUCCCAGCGUGCCUAUGGUCUGCUGAUGGCCACAACAUCACGUGAUUCAGCCGAUACACUACGGCUUGAACUAGAUGGAGGCCGGGUCAAACUCAUGGUCAAUCUAGACUGUAUCAGGAUAAACUGUAACGCCAGUAAAGGACCAGAAACCCUUUAUGCUGGGCAAAAACUCAAUGAUAAUGAGUGGCACACAGUCCGAGUGGUACGCCGAGGAAAGAGUCUCAAACUUACAGUUGAUGAUGAUGUUGCCGAAGGUACAAUGGUUGGUGACCACACUCGCUUGGAGUUCCACAACAUUGAGACUGGGAUAAUGACAGAGAAGCGUUACAUCUCUGUCAUUCCUUCCAGCUUCAUUGGCCACCUUCAGAGCCUCAUGUUCAAUGGCCUUCUCUACAUUGACUUAUGCAAGAAUGGAGACAUUGACUAUUGUGAAUUGAAAGCCCGUUUUGGGCUCCGUAACAUCAUUGCUGAUCCUGUUACCUUCAAGACCAAGAGCAGCUACCUGAGCCUAGCGACCUUGCAGGCUUAUACCUCCAUGCAUCUCUUCUUCCAGUUCAAGACAACUUCUGCCGAUGGUUUCAUCCUUUUCAACAGUGGGGAUGGAAAUGAUUUCAUUGCAGUUGAGCUGGUCAAGGGGUAUAUUCAUUAUGUGUUUGACCUUGGAAAUGGACCUAAUGUUAUCAAGGGCAAUAGUGAUCGUCCAUUGAAUGACAACCAGUGGCACAAUGUAGUUAUCACCAGAGACAACAGCAACACCCAUAGCCUAAAAGUGGAUACCAGGGUUGUUACUCAGGUCAUCAAUGGUGCCAAAAACCUUGACCUUAAGGGUGACCUGUACAUUGCUGGACUGGCUCAAGGAAUGUAUAGCAAUCUCCCAAAGCUGGUAGCAUCCAGAGAUGGAUUUCAGGGCUGCCUAGCAUCGGUGGACUUGAAUGGGCGUCUACCAGAUCUCAUCAAUGAUGCUUUGCACCGCAGUGGGCAGAUUGAGCGGGGAUGUGAAGGGCCAAGCACCACCUGUCAAGAAGAUUCCUGUGCCAACCAAGGCAUCUGUAUUCAGCAGUGGGAAGGCUUCACUUGCGAUUGUUCCAUGACAUCAUAUUCUGGAAAUCAGUGCAAUGACCCUGGGGCCACAUAUAUCUUUGGGAAAAGUGGAGGCCUCAUCCUGUAUACUUGGCCAGCAAAUGACAGGCCCAGUACAAGGACAGACCGCUUAGCUGUUGGGUUCAGCACAACAGUAAAAGAUGGCAUCUUGGUACGGAUUGACAGCGCCCCUGGCCUUACUGAUUUUUUACAACUUCAUAUAGAACAAGGCAAAAUUGGUGUAGUCUUCAAUAUUGGCACAGUAGAUAUCUCUAUCAAAGAAGAGAGCACUCCUGUGAAUGAUGGCAAAUACCAUGUUGUGCGUUUUACCCGGAACGGUGGUAAUGCAACACUUCAGGUAGAUGGAUGGCCAGUAAAUGAACAUUACCCUUCAGGACGACAGUUAACGAUCUUCAACACCCAGGCUCAAAUAGCCAUUGGAGGAAAAGAUAGAGGGCGUCUCUUCCAAGGUCAGCUUUCCGGUCUCUAUUACAAUGGCUUGAAAGUACUGAAUAUGGCAGCAGAAAACAACCCCAACAUCAAAAUCAAUGGAAGUGUUCGACUGGUUGGUGAAGUGCCAUCUAUUCUGGGGACAGCUCCCACAACCUCUAUGCCACCAGAGAUGUCCACCACUGUCAUGGAAACUACUACUACUAUGGCCACUACUACAACACGAAAAAAUCGCUCCACACCUACCAUUCAGCCAACAACAGAUGACCUCGUUUCUUCAGCAGAAUGUUCUAACGAUGAUGAAGAUUUCAUUGAAUGCGAGCAGAGUGUAGCAAACCCCACGGAGCCAGGAAUCAGACGGGUUCCGGGGGCCUCAGAGGUGGUCCGUGAGUCGAGCAGCACAACGGGAAUGGUCGUCGGCAUUGUAGCUGCUGCUGCCCUCUGCAUCCUGAUCCUCCUGUAUGCCAUGUACAAGUACAGGAACAGGGACGAAGGGUCCUAUCAGGUGGAUGAGACGCGUAACUACAUCAGCAACUCAGCCCAGAGCAAUGGCACGCUCAUGAAGGAGAAGCAGCAGAGUUCAAAGAGCGGCCACAAGAAACAGAAAAACAAGGACAAAGAAUAUUAUGUGUAAAAACAAACAAAAAAAUAUUUAUAUAUAAAUAUAUAAAUAUUGAAUGAGCUAUAACUGAACCAAAACUGUUGCAGCCAACGAGAUUGGGAGAAACCGUCUGCGGUUUGAGACCAAUGUUGAGCAUAAACAUUUCAGGCGUUGACUGCUAAGUUUUCAGAUCACUGCUUGGAGUCCCCAGACUCUGCCCUCCUGUAUUAUAAAGCACAUAUAGUGUUCAGAAGAAGGCCUCCCCAGCAUAUCCAUGUUGGCAGACUUAAAAGCCUUCCGAGCUCCUCCUCAGCUGAACUGUUCUGCAAGGGCAGAAGACUUCACGGCUUACUUGUUUCGUAUCUCCAAGUGAGUCUUUAAUGAUGUUCACAAUCUUUGACUGUACUCUAUUUUUUUUCCAGUUUAUUAUUUUAAAAAAUAACAAAAAAAAAUAGAAAAAGAAAAAAAGUGGAAAUGUUAGAAACAAAACAGAACAACUGAUCUGGCCAUGUCCAGCCUGAGUAUCAUUUUUCAAGAUGUGAGGGGGAAAGAAAUAGUAAUACUAAUAAUA